AUGCACCACGUAGGUACCGGCCUCGUGGCGGUGCUUUGCAACCUAUUCCUGGGUACGGUGCUCUAUUUUCAGCGCAACCUGGCCAUUCAUUCUACCACCACACUCGACCGUUGCCCCAGGGGCCGUUCUACAGACCUGCACCUCGACGCCAUCACGCUGCAGAGCCCGCCGCCACGGCUGGUUCCUUGGCAGCAGCCAUGCGAGGCGCACUGCCAGUUGUCCGAAAAGAGGCUGCAGCGCCGUCCAUACACGUAA